AUGGCAGCUUCAAGCGGCUCUGGUUUGCAAAUUCAGAAAAACGACCUCAAUUCUGAUGUGGAUGGGGAAAGGAAUACAGACAUGGGGAUGGAGGAAGACAUGGAUCUAACAGAAGAUGAUUUCAGAAAUGUGUCUGGCCAAUUUUCAGGGAUUGCUAAUGCUUGCGUUCCUAAAACCUACCUUUGCUCUGUUGAUAGUCCUUUGACUAAAACUGGUGUUAAAAGAGCCAGAACAAUCUCUGACGAACAGCAACCUUCAGUCCAUGUUACUUAUAAACACUUAACUAGAGCUAGUAAGCAGAAGCUGGAAAGUUUAUUACAGCAAUGGUCAGAAUGGGAGGCAGAACAAAAUUAUUUGUCCGAGGAUGAAGAACCAGUACUAGAAUCUGGCGAUGAGACAUAUUUUCCUGCGUUACGUGUGGGAUUGCAAAAGACAUCAUCUGUGUCAUUCUGGUUCGACUGUCAAACUGGUCGCAAUUCUUUAAAAAAGUUUGUUCCAGUGGAAAGUAGCACUACUCCUCUGUAUAACCGUGGUGGAUUUACAAUUGGUUUAGAUUCAGCCGAUGGUUCAAGUAACUUGGAAGGAGGCUUGGAGAUUAUUGAUGAUCCUCCACGUUGCUUCAACUGUGGCGCAUACAGUCAUUCGCUGAGAGAAUGUACAAAGCCAUUUGAUCGAGCAGCAGUGAGUAUUGCUCGGAGACAACAUAAGAGCAAAAGAAAUCAGACUUCUGGCUCUCGUCUGCAGUCUCGAUAUUAUCAGAGCCCUCAAGGUGGAAAAUAUGAUGGCUUGAAGCCUGGCUCACUUGAUGCAGAGACACGUCAGCUUCUUGGUCUAGGGGAACUCGACCCUCCUCCUUGGCUUCACAGAAUGCGAGAGAUUGGGUAUCCUCCUGGAUAUUUAGCUGUGGAAGACGAUCAUCUCUCUGGAAUCACUAUAUUUGGAGAGGAAGAAACUAAAACAGAAACAGAAGAAGGAGAAAAAGAAGAAGGAGAAGUAACGACUGAGGACGGUGAGAUCUUGGAGAAAGCAAGCCCUCAAGAGCCGCAAAUGAAAAUGACAGUUGAGUUUCCGGGGAUUAACGCACCUAUCCCGGAAAACGCAGAUUCAUGGAAAUGGGAACAGAGGAAAAGCUCAGGACAUGGUUACUAUCAUGAUCAACAUCAUCAACCACGAGAUCAUAGAGGCGAAAUGGGUCCUCCAGGUGUUGAGCUGUCGUCGAGUUAUCCUCCAAGGUAUGUCAUUAGAUACGAUCACGGCUUUGGUUCAAGCACUGGCUUUGACAAAUGGGAAUCAGAGAGAAGGUGGAAUGUUCAGAAUCAAUUGUUUAUAAUCCGUCAUAACCUGAUGCUGCCACUUGAAAGGUAUCGGGGCAUGAUGCCUACCUAUCUUAACCCCAGGCCUAACCAAUCAGAUAUCGAUAUGUUCAAUCAGGAGUUGAACAUGCUGCCGAAUUUGAAUGUUGUUACAUCUGAUAGAGGAGUCAAGUAUCAGAUGUUCCUUGGAGAAACAUUUCAGCCAGAAACUGGUUAUCACCCAUCAAAACGGCAGAGAAUCGAAACGCAGAUAAAGUUAAACCGUCCUCCUUGGAACGAUUCAUUAAGGCUCCCUUCUCUUCAGGUAUGCCUGGACCCGACGAGUCCCGUUGUAGAGCAGAAGGUUCCCGUUCCGAUGAAGAGCUUUGAGGAGGUUUCAUCAUGUGGUGGAAGAUGUUUCCAUACUCCCACAACGCCGGUGAGUAGUAGCUUUGCUGUUGAGGAAGUCUCUGAGACAGUCAGUGGAGGUUCUGAUGUAACGAAGCUAGAUGUGAUGGACAUUUCUCCUUUGGAUGAUAAGCAUGUUCAGGGUCUUGGUACUAGCAAAGAUGUAAAACGAUCAAGUGAAAAUAAGCAUCCAACGAGGGUUUAUUCUUUGGAGGAUCUGUUUUCGAGCAAAAGAGGAACUCAAGAGGAGGAAAAGCCUAAGAAGCAAGAGAAACUGGACGUUGUUGAGCCGAUGAAAUGUGAUGAACAGAGCAAGUGUGAGGCUAUUGCUGACACAGCGUCUCUGGAAAAGCGUAACAAGAGAGAUGUCUCACUGGUGGAACGUUUCACGGAAGAGGAAAUAAGGUUGCAUAUAAAGAGUUUCAAGGAAGGAAGUGUUCAGGGAGGAAUCAAAGAAACGGCUGAGCUCAAGGAGGAACCAUGUCAAUUGUGUGGUGAAGGCCCACUCAUGUUUCCAGCAGUACCAAUCUACUGCUCGCUUUGCUCCCGGAGAAUCAAAGAAAAAUCUGUCUAUUACAUCCCCGAGGAGAAAAUAAGCGAUGCGCAACAUCAACUCUGUAAUCCUUGUCACACUCGCUGUAGAAGCAAGUUCAGUUUAUUUGGAAUCAGUAUUACGAAAGCCAACAUGCUUAAGAAGAACAACGCCGAGAAUCAAGAUCCAGAGGAGUGGGUUUGUUGCGGGUCUUGUGGGAACUGGCAACAUCAGAUAUGUGGUCUCUACAAUCUAGAUAAAGACAUUGACAAAACCGGAGACUACAUUUGUCCCUACUGUUUGUUAGAGGAGCGUAAAAGUAUCAACAAUACAGGGUUCCUUGACAAUACGGAUUUGGGGGCGAAAGAUUUGCCUGAAACCAUCCUCAGCCACUUUAUAGAGCAAAGGCUAUUCAAGCGCCUCAAAGAAGAAAGACACCAAACCGCAAAGGCUACUGGGAAGAGCAUCAAUGAUGUAUCGGAACCAAAUGAUCUUACUCUCAGGGUGGUGUUUUCAGCUGACAAAAACUCAUACGUCAACAAAAACUUUGCCGAGUUUCUUCAGAAAGAACACUAUCCUAGUGAAUUCCCUUACAGAUCAAAGGUCAUUCUUCUGUUCCAGAAAGUUGAAGGAGUUGAUAUAUGCAUCUUUGCGUUGUUUAUCCAAGAGUUUGGAUCAGAAUGUAGCCAACCAAACCAACGCAGCAUAUACAUCUUAUACCUCGAUUCCGUCAAGUACUUUAGACCAGAGAGAGUGACAUUCUCAGGAGAAGCUCUUCGAACUUUCGUUUAUCAUGAAAUAUUGAUUGGUUAUCUUGAGUAUUGCAAGAUUCGUGGUUUCACUACGGGUUAUAUAUGGGCGUGUCCACCCCCAAAAGGAGAAGACUAUAUUAUGUAUUCUCAUCCCAAGACUCAGCAAACCCCCAACACUAAGAAGCUUCGCCAAUGGUAUGUGUCAAUGCUGGAUAAAGCAGUCGAGCAGAGGGUAGUGACGAAUGUUACAAACCUGUAUGAGCGGUUCUUCGUCUCGACAGAGGAGUCUACCUGCAAUAUUACAGCUGCCCGGUUGCCUUACUUUGAAGGAUCUUUCUGGUCCUACAAUGCUGAGCUCCUGGUUCAGGAGAUUGAGAAAGAAGGCAAUAGCGAGUUGCAGAAGAAGGUUAAAUCCCUUACUAGAAGAGCGCUUAAGGGUAUGAUGAGCAGCAAAAGUAAGGAUAGUGUUGAUGCUGAUGAUGCUAAAAACAUUCUCCUGAUGCAAAAGCUUGAAAAGAUGAUAUCACAAAACAAGGAGGAUUUCAUGGUGGUGGAGUUGAAUUAUUCGUGUACACGCUGCUCGGAGGUAAUAUUAUCGGGAUUGAGAUGGUUUUGCGAGAAGUGCAAGAAUCUUCAAUUGUGUGAAAGAUGCCAUGAUGCAGAACAAGAGCUUCCACGGGAACACACACAUACUGUGAAUGGCAACGAGAAGCAUCGGCUCUCAAAGGCUCAGGUGAAUGGCAUACAGUCGACAACAGAGGAUAAUGAUGUCAUCCUGGAAAACAAUAUGUUGGAAAGCAGACAAGCGUUCUUAGGUUUCUCUCAGAAGCAUAAUUACAGCUUCGAUACGCUUCGACGAGCCAAGCAUUCUUCGAUGAUGAUACUUCACCAUCUCCACACCUCAAACAAGCAGCAUCACCAUUGCUCUGAAAACUCUAGCCGUCUCUUUCAAGUGACCUGCACGGCCUGCGAGAAGGAUGUUUCAAAGACGAUUUACUACUCUUGUUUGAUUUGUUCGGGUUAUCGAGCUUGCACCGGAUGCUUCACCAAAAACACAACCCUUCGUCAUAACCAUCUCUUCCCCAUGGCCCCUACAACUCACGGAACGCCGCCUAAAACCGUUGGGUCUCUCGGGGUACUGGACGCUUUGCUGCAUGCAGUUUCGUGCCGACCCACGGCGGCUAACUCGUGCUCAUACCCGAAAUGCAACGUUGUUAAAACGCUAUUCAAUCACAGCGUGGUGUGCGAAAUCAAAGAUCGAGGAGCUUGUAACAUUUGCAUGAACUUGUGGAAGAUGUUAAGGGUUCACGCAUACCAUUGCUACGAUCCUACUUGCCCGAUCCCACGCUGCAGAGAUAUGAAGGAGCAUUUCGCUAGGAAUGGUGUGAGGCCAUAAAGGAGUGUCAAAAGGACUAAUUUGUACAUCAAUUAUUAUUGUGAUGAGUAUAGAGAAGAAGCUGUAUAGAUCAAAAAACCAUUUUCUUACAUCAAAACGAACUUUCUUACAUCAAUCUUAUUCAUUGUUCAUUUCUGGCACAAGUGCUCAUAGUGUUGUUGUUGUUGUCUUCUUCCAAUAUGUUGUUGAGGAUCCUAAGUGUUCAUCAAUAGAGAGAAAAUAAGUUUGGUUGUUGAUAUGUUUUCCUUUAUGUGUGUAU